UGUAAAAUGUAGUGACCUUCCUCAGUGCGGUAUAGAGCAGAGCGUCUUUCUCACAUCGGCUUCAGCGCGAAGCGUACAUAAGGCUAAUAUGGGUGACGUCGAAAAGGGAAAGAAGGUCUUCGUCCAGAAAUGUGCCCAGUGCCACACAGUUGAGAAUGGUGGCAAGCACAAGGUUGGCCCCAAUCUGUGGGGUCUGUUUGGACGCAAGACUGGCCAGGCACAGGGCUUUUCUUACACAGAUGCCAACAAAAGCAAAGGCAUUGUUUGGAGUGAGAAUACUCUGAUGGAGUACCUGGAGAAUCCUAAGAAAUACAUUCCUGGGACAAAAAUGAUCUUUGCUGGUAUUAAGAAGAAGGCUGAGCGUGCUGACCUUAUUGCAUAUUUGAAGUCUUCGACAUCAUAACACUGUCAGUAGAAAGAUUAGAAUAAAAUAUCUGUAGUUUUUCCCAUGUAUUUGUCUUUUAACAUAAUUCACCUAAACAGUUUAGCAGUCAACACGUCUGGGACUUUUUAAUUGUGGGUACAAGUCAUGGUAUGUGACUGAUGCCUGUGUAUUUCAGCAGUGACUAAUCUUUUUCUACCACUGAGCGAUCAGCACUGUUGAAUGUUUUGUGGAAGGGAAAGUGAAAGCAGUGUUUCACAGUGUUGGACAUUCUAUUUAACUGAUUGUUUGUAAAUGUUACAUUGCGGUUGAGUAUAUUGGUGUGCUUCCUAUUAGCCACAAUAUGUACUUGUGCACCAAAUUAAAUUAAACCAUUUUAACCAGA